CUCUUUAUAAUGCACAAGGGGAGAGCUUUGUACUCCCCUUACAUACCAACAUCAAAUAUAUAUAACACCUUAAAGAAAGCUACAGAUACCUGCUCAGUGCUCCAGACAUGCACUGGGAUAGUGGCAAUGGGGGAGCACUACGUUCUACAAAGUGGGAUGGAACUGUAUAACAGCAGGAACGGUAGUGUGAAAUCCUUUAUCAAGUCAGAUUGCAUCUCUGGAAGAUUUGGGCUUCUGUGCGAAUUUAAGUGUCCACCAUGCCAGCAGGGUAUGGCCUGCAAUCCAUACACAGGGCUGUGUGGUGACACUGUGUUUUGCAGUAAGGAGAAUAGUCCUAUCCCCUGUGGAAAAGGGUCCAUAUUUGGUGGCACGUGCCCAGUUGAAGAUGGGUGGCAGUACUGGCAAGGCAGCUGUUACUAUAUCCACACAGCAAAGAGACAAACCUGGCUACGUGCAAGAGACCUAUGCAGGCGUUACAGGGACACAGAUCUUCUGUGGCUGACAAGUCCUGGGGAAAAGGAAUGGCUGGUAUCUAAACUUCCCAAAGCAUCAUUCUGGAUUGGCCUUUAUGGGUUUAGAUUCUGUACAGUUUUGCAGUGGUCGAACAGUCAAUUCCCGUUUGCAGCCUCAAGAUGGUUGUCUGUAAGCAAGUGGGCCAUAGGUGCUAAGUGCUGUGUGCAGCUUAAUGCCCCCAAAGGCUCUUUGACAGCUUUCAGCUGCUUUCGGAAAGCCCUGUGGAUUUGCAAGAGAAAAGAAGAAGGAAUUGUGGAUUUCCGGGAGUUCCGAGGCUAUUACCUAGCUGGCACUUACACAUCAAAUUCCACACAGCGAUCGUUAUGGGAAGCCCUACAGCUCUGUAGAUUUCAACGAAGCAUUUGCAAUGGAGUUGGGAUGAUCAAAGGAGAGUACAGAACUAUAUUUGCAACCCGAAUUCUACUCAUCAUUGGAGCCCUGGGAGAUGAAAGCACCGCAUAUUUGAAAUCAUCUUGUCCCCCAGGGCACUAUGGUCCUGAAUGCCAGGGCAGUUGCACCUGCAAUAGAAUUGAAAACUGCAGCCCCUUCACUGGCGAAUGUGCAGAGAAUUUACAGUGUUCUCAGGAAUACGUGGCACAGCAAUGCCAAAGAGGAGUGAUCAAUAUGAAAUGCCCAGAGGACCCUGGUUGGUGGUACUGGAAUGGCAGCUGUUAUUAUAUGGAAGAAACUAAUAGUUUAACCUGGCUGGAAGCUAAGAAUUACUGCACUGCCUAUAAUGGCACUGACCUACUAUUGCUGGAUAGUGCAGAAGAAAAGGCCUGGAUAACCUCAGUGUUACGGAAACCUGUUUGGAUUUUCUCGUUGGGUGCCUUGCAAAGCGAUGUGGAGAAAUCAAGCAGGAAGAAUCAGCGUGUCAUGGUAAGCCCCACCAAGAGUACUGCUCCAGACAGUUGUGGUCAGCUGAGUGUGAAUGGGAGCUUGAACCAAGUUAACUGUUCUUCUCUGGCUUUCUGGGUUUGUGAAAGAAGGGAAGGUGACAGCAUGUUUUGGAAAUAUUCCAGAAGGCUGCUUACUAAGCCUUUAGGGGGAGAUACAUAUUCAUCCUUGGAGUUUGCUCUGUCAGCCUGUAUUUUAAAAGCAGAUUGCUCUGGAGUCACCUACUGGGGAAAGCGUUACGUACCAGUCACUGGUAAAGAACUGAUCUUCAGCAAAAACAGACAGGAUGCUGUGUACUUGAGGAGUGCUUGCAGCAAAGGACACUAUGGUGCCUAUUGUCAAAAGAAAUGUCCCACCUGUCUCAAUCGUACCAUGUGCAAUAGACUCACAGGGCUGUGUGAUGGUACAGUGACAUGUCAAGAAAGGAAGAAAUUAGAACUCUGUGAAUACCGCCUUACAAGCAAGUUCUGUUUUGCCUCUUGGAAGUACUGGAAUGGAAAUUGUUACUAUGUUCCUCCAUAUGGAGUGCUGAAUAAGAGCGAAGCAGAGUUCAUGUGCAGUCGGUUCCAAGGGGCACAACUGAUAAAAUUAAACAACACGGAAGAGCAGAGAUGGAUAGCUAAAGUCAUCACUAGAAAAAGCUGGCUUGGCAGCCUGAGCUAUAAACUCCAGUCAAACUCCUGGAUCAUGCCUGAUGGAGAUAGAGCAGCGCCUCGUUGGGGUUUCAAAGCAGUUCAAGAUUUGUGUGUGCAGAUUGAACCCAUAUCUGGAACCUUUAUUUCCUUUGCCUGCUCUGAACGGGCUUCGUGGAUCUGCAAGGGAGCCCCAGUUCCUGGAGCGCUGGAUUCCACGUAUAAGUGGUGGACAACGUUGACCUCGUCCCUUUUAGUUUCAGUUUUCGUAGUUGUCGUGAGUGUGUUUGUUACAUUUAAAGCCGCCCGGUGGAGAAGACAAGUGCUGGUAGAAAAGACUGAUGGGAAAGAGCAGAGAAAUAACGUGGAGAUGGAGAACUUGGCUUCCUGGGAGAAACAGGCCCUCAAGUCUGACAGGAGCAACCCCUUGAAUUAGGGUGUAGUGUUUGUGGGCUCUGAAGGCAGUCUCAUCCCAUCCUCUGUGGAUUGAAGAUUUGGCUUUGAGGAAGAGGUUUGAAGUAGGGGAAACAGGAGUUAGAGCACUAUAACAGAUAAGGAAAUAUUUAACUUGAAAUUUGUUGAAUGUCUUAAUUGAUUUUUUUGGUGUUUUAAUCUUUCUCUGAGCUCCCACCUUCUCUAGUGACUCUAGUCUGUCAUAAGCAGGAUCUGUCAGAUGACACAGCACUACUUUCAGCAAAGCAGAACAUCCCUAGAACAUGACUAGUCAAAUACAUUUCCUUAAAUCAUAUUGCAUUUCUCUCAGAGAAGUUUUCAUCUGUGUUAUGUCUUCUUUAAGCAGUUCAAUAAACUCUCAAAUAGAAAACAUGGCUUUGCUUGCUAGAUGAUUUUGCAGCUGUUUGGGGUUUUUAAAGCUGCAAGAAGAGGUUAAUGGACUCUAAUACAUUCAGCCUUCUGCAGCAUAUUAUCAAAUACUAUAAGGCCAGAUUCAGAGCAGGUGAUGUAGCUCCACUGAAUUCUUCUCUGUGUGUCUUGGUGCUUCACUUCUCCAGUUUACACAGCUAAGGACCUGGUCCUCAGCAUUAAACACACUUGGUCAAUGGCACAGUACUUAGUAUUUUUGAACCAAAUUCUUCUGUCAGUUACAGACCUUUAACUCAAUGAUGAACAUGGUUCUGAGCAGAAUUUGAGCCCUUGUAUUAUUUA